UCCCGCACUAGUCUGGAUACUCCGACACCGGGAGCGCCUCCGCCGCCGGACAGCGAUGCUCAGAGUCCCGCGGAGCUGCAGACAUGGAUCCCCGUCAGAUGAUUCCGCUGCUGUGGAUUUUAUUCCUGAACCAGCUGGAGGUCGGCAGCAGUGAGGAAGUUGUGUUGCUGAACUCUAAAGAGACUCAGGCGGAGCUCGGCUGGACGUCGUUUCCCCCCAACGGAUGGGAGGAGAUCAGCGGUGUGGAUGAGAAGUACAAACCCAUCCGGACCUACCAGGUGUGUAACGUCAUGGAGCCCACCCAGCAGAACAACUGGCUGCAGACCGGCUGGGUGGCGCGUCGCGGCGGCCAGCGCAUCUUCGUGGAGCUGCAGUUCACGCUGCGUGACUGCAACAGCAUCCCGGGCGUGGCGGGAACCUGCAAGGAGACCUUCAACCUGCUGUACGUGGAGUCGGACCGGGACCUAGGCGCCGUCACCCGGGAGGACCGCUACACCAAGAUCGACACCAUCGCCGCCGACGAGAGCUUCACGCAGGGCGACCUGGGCGAGAGGAAGAUGAAGCUGAACACGGAGGUGCGGGAGAUCGGACACCUGAACCGGAAGGGCUUCCACCUGGCCUUCCAGGACGUGGGCGCCUGCGUGGCCCUGGUGGCCGUCAGGGUGUACUACAAACGCUGCCUGGCCACCGUGCAGAACCUGGCCAUGUUCCCAGACACGGUAGCCGAGGCCGCCUUCGCCACGCUGGUGGAGGUCCGCGGCGCCUGCGUCAACAACUCGGAGGUGGACACCGACAGUCCUCCCAGGAUGCACUGCAGCGCCGAGGGAGAGUGGCUGGUUCCCAUCGGGAAGUGCAGCUGCAGCGCCGGGUACGAGGAGGGCCACAGCAGCUGUGAAGCGUGUCCUCUCGGCUCUUACAAGAUGUCCUCCAGGCAGCAGGAGUGUUUUCCCUGCCCGGCCAACAGCGUGGCGGAGGAGGAGGGCUCGGUGGUGUGCAUGUGUGAGGAGGACCACUUCAGGACUCCGCUGGACAACCCCUCAGCUGCCUGCACCCGACCCCCCUCCCCUCCCAGAGACCUGGUUUACACCCUGAAGCAGUCCACCCUGAUCCUGGACUGGUCGGCUCCGUCGGACUCGGGGGGCCGGAUGGACCUGACCUACAGCGUGGGGUGUCGGCGUUGCGAUGGCCGGCAGUGUGAUCCAUGCGGCGCCAGCGUCGGCUUCGUUCCCCAGCAGGCGGGGCUGACGGAGAGGACGGUGACAGUGGUCAACCUCCUCCCCAACACCAACUACAGCUUCACCGUGGAGGCCCUGAACGGGGUGUCAGAGCUGCUGCCCAACAAGAGGUUCUACACUCAGGUCAACAUGUCCACCAGCCUGCCCGCUCCAUCUCUGAUCAGUGAGCUGCGAGCCGAGAAGAUCGAGCAGAAGAGCAUCACGUUGGUUUGGAGGGAACCUUCGUACCCGAACAGCAGCCGGACUGAGUACGAAGUCAAAUACUACGAGAAGGAGCAGAAGGAUCAGAGUUAUUCCACGGUGAAAACUGCAGCGACUCGCAUCAGCAUCAACAACCUGAAACCUGGAACUACUUACGGCUUCCUGAUCCGGCCAUUCUCCACGCCAGCACCCUCCUCCUCCCUGUCUUCCUCCCAGCUCUCCUCCUCUUCAUCAUCUUCUACUUCCUCUUCGCUGUCCUCCUCUUCCUCCUCCUCGUCCUCCUCGCCGCCGCCCAUUGACUAUGGAGCAUUCAGUUCCCCCCUGGAGCUGCAGACCCUCAGCGAGCUGGCCCUGGCGUCCAGUGAACAGAGUCCAGUGGUGAUCAUCGUGGUGGUUUCUGUCGCUGCCCUCAUCAUGCUGCUGUCGAUGGGAGUCGGGCUGCUCAUCUGGAGGAGACAGUGCGGCUACAGCAAAGCUUCUCAGGAGGGAGACGAAGAACUCUACUUCCAGUUUAAGAUCCCGACUCGGAGAACCUACAUUGACCCGGAGACCUGCGAGGACCUGCUGCAGGCCGUGCACGCCUUCGCCAAGGAGCUGGACAAUUCCAGCAUCAAGAUCGAGAGGAUCAUGCACACCGGAGACUUUGGGGAGGUGUGCCGCGGCUGCCUGAAGCUGCCCAGUAAGAGGGAGCUGCCGGUGGCCAUAAAGACGCUGAGGGCCGGAUGCUCCGACAAACAGAGAAGAUCCUUCCUCAGCGAGGCUGGAAUCCUCGGACAGUUCGAUCACGCAAGCAUCAUCCGGCUGGAGGGAGUCAUCACCACCGGUAACACCAUGAUGAUCAUAGAGGAGUCCAUGUCCAAUGGAGCCCUGGACUCCUUCCUCAGGAAACACGAGGGUCAGCUGAGCGUGAUGCAGCUGAUGGACAUGCUGACCGGCGUCGCGUCGGGGAUGAAGUACCUCACCGAGAUGGGCUUCGUGCACAAACGUCUGGCUGCACACAAGGUUCUGGUGAACUCCAACCUCGUCUGUAAAGUGUCCGGAUUCAGACCGCUGCAGGAGGACAAGAUAGAGGCCGUUUACACCACCCUGCAAGGAGGGAAGAGUGUGGUUCUGUGGACCGCCCCCGAGGCCAUCCAAUACCACCGCUUCUCCUCGGCCUCCGACGUCUGGAGCUUCGGCAUCGUAAUGUGGGAGGUGAUGUCCUACGGAGAGAGGCCCUACUGGGACAUGGGCAACCAGGACGUGAUAAAGGCCAUCGAGGAUGGGUUCAGGCUGCCGGCGCCGGUAAACUGUCCUCCUCAUCUCCAUCAGCUGAUGCUGGACUGCUGGCAGAAAGACAGAACGGAGAGACCCAGCUUCAGCCAGAUCCACUCGGCCCUCAGCAAGAGCAUCCGCUCACCGGACGGCAUCGGUUCGUCCACGUUAGCGCGCAGAACUCUGAGUUCGUCCAUCUCGCUGGCUGAAAGGCCUCUGCCCUCUUUGUCUUCCUUCAGCUCGGUGGGAGAAUGGCUGGACGCCAUGGAUAUGGGCCGCUACAAGGACAACUUCACGGCUGCAGGAUACUGUUACCUGGAGUCUGUGGCUCGAAUGACCGUACAAGACGUGCUGAGUCUGGGCAUCACCUCUCUGGACCACCAGAAGCUGAUCCUGGCCGCCAUCCAGACGUUGCGAGCGCAGGUCAUCCAGAUGCAUGGCCGCGGUGUGCAGGUCUGAGCGCCGCUGCAGCUGCUGCAGAACCGACAUGUGCAUGAGGAAGACAGAUGGAGAUGAGAAGAUCUUCCAGACUGAAAGACAGCUCAUCUUUCAGCCGACUGCACUCCUCUAUUCACUCCUCAUGCCUUCCUCCACUCCUUCCUUCCUUCCAUGGCAGCGGCGUGGGAAGCAGAGAAUCGAUGUCAUGCGACUCUUAAUGCGACCUCUAUCUGCACUGUGACCUUCAGCAACUGUGUCGGCCGCUUCUGGAAGAUGAAUGAGAUGUUUCCUCUGCUUGGAAACCUGUUUUUGGGUGGAAUUUCCCUUUACAGCGACUAAAUAAACACAAUAUAUCGGCAACGACAGGAACUUCUCUCACCGGCUUCGGACCGAACAUCUUCUCUCGGAACUGCUCCACUACCGGGAUCCAGAGUCACGUCAUCUCUUUGAGGAACAUUUGUGGGUUUCUUGGAGGAAUGCGAGCUGUGAGGCCGGAGCUGUUGGAUUUAUUUAAAGAUGCUCCUGGUGGAUAAAACUGCUCUUUCAGGAAUAUCAACCUGCUUUUACCCCUUUUCUGGGGUGACAAACGGAUAAUUGUAAAGCGAAAAGGGUUGAUUUUGAUUGUCUGUUUUGCUCCUCGUAAUGUUUUGAUUCCUUCAUGCUUUGUGUUUGUUUUUCGCCACGAUCCUCCGGUUUUAUUGCUCUGUGUAGACGUCGGACCACCUCUGGAAGAUGGUCCAAUUUAGAUAUUUAUCCAUAUUUAUUUCUGUUUAUAGAUGAAGAGGAGGUCAGGAAGGUUUAUUUAACUAUUUAAAUGUGAUUAUGAACUGUGAGUGUCUACCUGAAAAGAUUAGUAGUUUGUUUUUUAGAGAUUUUUAGCGUCAGCACACAGUAUCUGUGUAUUUCUAAACACUGGAUUCAUUUUACUUUGGUGAACGUUUACGGCAUUUGUGUUGCAGAAUGUCAAAGGUUUUUUUCGUUGCUGUUGUUCAUUUUGAGUUGCUGGUUAAUCUGUGGUUCUCCCAGAAUUCUCGCUGUACAGCGAUCAGAAUCCACUUUUUCUGUCAUAUUUCACCCGCAGGCAGAAGCUGUAGACUUUCACAAUAAAUUUCCGACUGGAUUAUUGCAACUAUUUGGUUUUUAUUUUAUUUUUCCUCCGUAAACGUUCUGUCAAAUGAAAUAAACUCAUUCUGGGUGUUUUCAUGCACAUGUUAACAUAUCCGACGGUAACAUGAACCAAACAGGAAAUCGACACCACGAUGAAUGAAAACCUUGCCCUGUCUGUCGCUGUGACCGUUACAUGUUUAAUACUGUAAAUAUGUAUUUGAAAAUGCUAAAUCUAUUUUUAUAAUUUGGAGAACAACAUGUUGAAUAUAAUAUCUGCUCACUGUGUAAGGGUUUUAUUUGUUUGAAUAUAGGGCCAUGGCCUAGAAACUCUGGUGUUUGGAAUAUAAAACUGGAAAAAAAAUUUAGUCUCUUUUUGUUAGUUUUCAAUGAUUUUUACCCAUUCGAAGAAAAAUCUGAUGGCUGUUGCAAUACUGAAACAUGUUAUUAAAAAAAUCUCCAAUACA